AUGGUCAAAGAUACGUUCCGUCUGGAUACGGUCCCUCGAGAAUCUCACAUUCUUGGUCUAUCAGGGACAGUUCCCUAUCUCGCCACCUCUCUAUCAACCGUCUUCCUGGCUUGGAAUCUCAACAAGGACGUCCCCAGCGGCAACCGAAUUCUCGACCACAUCCUUUUAGAACACGAAACGGCAAAAUAUCUACUUGAUUUCAUAGAGCCUUUACAGCUCGGAUACGGCGCCGUCAUCAUCUCGUUCCUCGGAGCCAUUCACUGGGGCCUCGAAUACGCAGAAAAGAAGCCGCAGCAUGACCGUACCCGUUUUCGCUACGGAAUGGGCCUCGGCGCCUCCAUCGUCGCCUGGCCCACGCUCAUGAUGCCCCUCGAAUACGCCCUGACGACCCAAUUCGGCGCCUUUGUCGCCCUCUACUACGCCGACUCCCGCGCCACGAAGCGCGGAUGGGCGCCGCCGUGGUACGGAAAGUACCGCUUCCUCCUCACGGCCAUGGUCGGCCUCGCCAUCUUCGUCUCGCUCGUCGGUCGAGCCAAGAUCUCU